AUGGUCGGAAGAAAGCGCACUGUACCCUCAAGGAGCUCUAGGCGAGGAACGGGCAGUGGAAACAACGAUCAAUCAGAUAUUUAUAAGGCGAUGCUGGCUGAGGCCGGAGUGUCUGCGCCUGAACAGAGCUCGCCAGAACGCCCGUUGAAAAGAAGGCGCCCAGGACCGCAGCAAAUCCAAAGACCUCUGUCAGAUCAUUCAAGUGGACUAAUCCAGGCGGAUGCGCAAUUGGAUACACAGGAAAGCGACGAUGAGGAUGAAGAUGUUGAAUUUCAAGAUGUAAUACUACCAGUGCCAACAGUGCAGACUGUGGAGCUCGAGUCUGAUGAUGAGGAUGAAGAAGAAGAUGUACAAUUUGAAGAUGUUGAUUUUUCUGCUCCUUUGGCGGAUACAAAAACCAGUACUGAAGAAUCGAACAACCUAGAACUCAAUUUGACAGCUCACAUCUCUGCUGCAUCACCGUCGAAACGACCAGGCGAGCGACGCAAACCGAUUUCUAAGGAAGAAAGGGAGCGUCGCGUGGAUAUACAUAAAACCCAUCUCCUUUGUCUUCUGUCGCACGUCGCACGCAGAAAUCACUGGUGCAACGAUGAACGAGUGCAGGAAUCCCUGCGGCCACACUUGACUGACAAGAUGGUUAAUUAUCUCAACCCGGGGUCUCAUCUGCCGCAGUUUGGGCAGGCUGAGAGCUUGAAAAACGGCCUCAGACAGGCAGCCGAUGUGUGGAAGGCCAAGUUUGAGAUUACAGAGCGAGGGCUACGAAGAGCCCUUUGGGCCGAAGAUGCGGGCCAGUUGCAAGAUUACGAGCCUGCGGAGGAUCUGGAUUCAUGCCUAGACCGCGCUGACUUUCGCGAAGCGGCGAAGAAACUGCAGGGGUCAAGAGACGUUGGCGCACAACUUUACUGUGCUUUGUUGCGAAGCGUUGGUGUGCGGACAAGACUGGUGUGUUCGUUGCAGCCGUUGUCCUUUGCGCCCGGUGCCCCGACGUUGCCGAAGCCAAAGGUGGCGAAAUCUGCUACUAAGACGACGCAAGUUGAACGAACGAAAGAAGCUCUGGCGAAAUACGAAGCUCUCGCUGCAAGUGCUGGCCCAACGACUGGAACCGUUGGCGGCUCAAGUGCACGUCGAAGACUAGGCCACCCGAAUGCCAUGGCUUACAACUUUCAACCUAGACCUGCUGCUCCAAAAGAGCGGAGGGCAUUCGAAGCGCCGAUACGCAUUCGCGAAUCAGCUUAUCCGGUCUACUGGGUAGAGGUAUUGGAUGCUGGACAUCAAAAAUGGCAGCCUGCUGACUCUGUGGUGACGCAUACAUUUUGGAAAACCAAAGCAUUCGAGCCCCCGGUUAACGACAAAGAGAAUUGUCUUGCUUAUGUUGUCGCAUUCGAAGCUGACGGGACGGCAAAGGACGUGACAAGGAGAUAUGCCAAGGCCUACACAGCCAAGACUCGCCGUUUGAGGGUUGAAACACCUCUUGACGACGGCGGGCGGUGGUGGCGUAAUGCCCUAGAGCCCUUUCGACGACGGCAUCCGACAGACCUGGACCAAAUUGAAGAGAAUGAGUUGACGGGUGCGGAAGCCCGAGAGCCGAUGCCAAGAAAUGUACAGGACUUUAAGGACCAUCCUGUAUUUGCGUUGGAGCGUCAUAUGAGGCGGCACGAAGUUCUCGUGCCUGAAGCCAAACCAUCAGGAACAGUGAGUGCUGGAAGUCGCGGCCCUUUGGAAAAGAUAUACAGAAGAAGGGAUGUUCGCAUAGCCAGAAGCGCAGAGAAGUGGUACCGCAUGGGGCGAGAAGUGAAGCCCAACGAAAUACCAGCCAAGUGGUUACAAAAGAAGGCACGCCGCAAAGGAUUUAGGGUUGACGACGGAGACGAAGCCGGCACGGACGACGACGCCGGCACGCCCAUAUACACAUUCGAGCAAACGGAACUCUACGAAGCACCGGCGGUCCGCAACGGACGCGUACCCAAAAAUAAGUUUGGCAAUAUUGACGCCUACGUGCCCAGCAUGAUACCUAAAGGAGCUGUGCACAUUGUUCACGAGCACGCAGCCCGAGCUGCCUUCAUAGUAGGCGUUGACUACGCACCAGCCCUGACUGGGUUCCAAUUCAAAGGACGACAGGGGACGGCCGUUCUCAACGGAAUCGUUGUUGCGAAAGAAUUCGAGGCAGCCAUUCGGUCUGUGAUUGAUGGGCUUGCAGACGUAGAGCAAGAGAUGGAAGAUGAACGCAAGAGACUAGCGGCGUUGAAGAUGUGGAGAAGGCUUCUGAUGGGAUUGCGUAUUCGGGAGAGGAUAUGGAGCGGAGUGGAUGAGGAGGAGAGAAAAGAGGCCGAUAGGGAGGCCGAGAUGGAGGCGGAGCUGGCCAAUGCGGAAAGCGACGUCACGGAUGAGUUCAACAUGGUUGUCGAUGACGAUGGUGAAGGCGGCGGGUUCAUAAUAGAGUAA